CCGACUCAAUUUCUACAGUCAAAGUAAAUCAUAAGACUACUAUUCUCAUAAGACAGAUCUAUAGAAAGCUAAUUGAUACUCCAAGAUGGUCGCCCAACCCGCCGUUCGCGCCGCCCCGCGCAUCACCUCAAUGAUCACCCGCCGGGCCUUCCACGCAACCCGUGCCCGUCUCUCUUCUCCGUACCACUACCCCGAGGGCCCCUACUCGAACUUGCCCUUCAACCCCAAGACCAAAUACUUCGCUGUGCGAUACUGGGCCUACGCGUUCACCGGCUUCUUCCUCCCCUUCGGCAUUGCCGUCUGGCAAACCAAGAAGCCCAAGGCUUAAGUCAUGGCAAUCGGUUGAGGAUAAAGUUACGGGAAGUAGGUCGAGAUAGAGUAUCACCUCGGCGGGGGCGGCAAAGAGCCCGAUGCAAGUUGUACAUAUACUUGACAAUAGACAUUGAGGCCAUCGCCAAACAUAAUCCCAUAUGUUUUGAUCAACUGGACGUUAAGCCGUGACCUUCAGUAUGUUCGAAAUUCAGUUUCGAAAAGUUAACCCAACUCGUAAAUUUAUCAUCUAAUCCCGGAACUACACGAACCGUCGUUAAGGAAGCUGUUAUCAAAACUUAUAGGCCGUACAUGAGCGGCUGAGCUGAGUGCGAUCUCUCGCCUGUUUUCCCAUUAGACUUCGGCUGUAAAAACGUUUGCGUAUUCUUG